AUGGCCCAGGGUGCCAUGCGCUUCUGCUCGGAAGGCGACUGUGCCAUCUCCCCGCCACGAUGCCCACGCCGCUGGCUCCCCGAAGGCCCAGUGCCCCAGAGCCCCCCGGCCAGCAUGUAUGGCAGCACAGGCUCCCUACUACGGCGGGUGGCAGGUCCAGGUCCCCGAGGCCGCGAACUUGGACGUGUGACAGCACCCUGUACACCCCUGCGUGGCCCCCCUUCACCCCGUGUUGCUCCCUCACCCUGGGCACCCUCUUCACCCAUUGGGCAGCCCCCACCAGGGGCCCGGAGCUCUGUGGUCAUAUUCCGCUUUGUGGAGAAGGCCAGCGUGAGGCCACUGAAUGGGCUACCUGCUCCCGGAGGCUUGAGUCGGAGCUGGGACCUGGGUGGGGUCUCUCCUCCCAGUCCCACCCCAGCCCUUGGGCCUGGCUCCAACCGAAAGUUGCGGCUAGAAGCAUCCACAUCAGACCCACUCCCAGCUGGAGGAGGCUCAGCUCUGCCUGGCAGCCAGGGCCUUUUACACGGGCCACCAGCUCAACCUCAGGUUGGAGCAGACGGUCUUUACUCCUCUCUCCCCAAUGGGCUGGGGGGACCCUCUGAGCACCUGGCCACAUUAUUCCGAGGACCUGCUGACACUGGGCUCCUUAACCAGGGGGACCCCUGGUCCUCACCCAGAGAAGUCUCCUCUCAUGCCCAGAGAAUCGCGCGAGCCAAAUGGGAAUUCUUCUAUGGCUCUUUGGACUCCCCCAGCUCAGGUGCUAAGCCCCCAGAGCAGGCCCCCCCAUCUCCACCUGGGGUGGGCUCAGGGCAGGGCUCUGGGGUGGCUGUGGGGCGAGCAGCCAAGUACUCCGAGACGGACCUGGACACAGUGCCCCUGAGGUGCUACCGCGAGACCGACAUCGAUGAGGUGCUGGCUGAGCGGGAAGAGGCUGACUCGGCCAUCGAGAGUCAGCCCAGCUCUGAGGGCCCGCCUGGCACUGCCCGCCCACCUGCCCCACGUCCCGGCCCAUGCCUUGGCCCUCGUUCCAGCCUGGGCAGUGGCAAUGAGGACGAGGAUGAGGCAGGUGGGGAAGAGGAUGUGGACGACGAGGUGUUUGAGGCCUCAGAAGGGGCCCGGCCAGGCACCCGAAUGCCUCACUCCGGGCCUCUCAAGUCACCUCUGCCCUUUCUACCUGGGACCAGCCCCUUGGCUGAUGGGCCCGACUCUUUCAGUUGUGUGUUUGAAGCCAUCUUGGAGUCACACCGGGCCAAGGGCACCUCCUACACCAGCCUCGCCUCGCUGGAGGCCCUGGCCUCACCUGGCCCAACCCAGAGCCCCUUCUUCACCUUUGAGCUGCCUCCGCAGCCCCCUGCCCCCAGGCCUGACCCACCUGCUCCUGCCCCACUUGCCCCUCUUGAACCGGAUUCUGGUACCAGCUCUGCUGCUGAUGGGCCUUGGACACAGAGAGGGGAGGAAGAGGAGGCAGAGGCUGGAGCCAAGCAGGCCCCAAGGAGGGAGCCCCCUAGUCCCUGCCACUCAGAAGACAGCUAUGGACUGGGGGUAGCUCCCCUGGGCAGUGAACCGCCCCUGAGCCAGCUCGUGUCCGAUUCGGACUCAGAGCUGGACAGCACAGAGCGACUGGCCCUGGGAAGCACAGACACCUUGUCCAAUGGGCAGAAAGCAGACCUGGAGGCUGCGCAGCGCCUAGCUAAGAGGCUGUACCGACUAGACGGCUUCAGGAAGGCGGAUGUGGCCCGGCACCUGGGCAAGAACAAUGACUUCAGCAAACUUGUGGCUGGCGAGUACCUGAAGUUCUUUGUCUUCACGGGCAUGACUCUGGACCAAGCUCUCAGGGUGUUUCUGAAGGAGCUGGCCUUAAUGGGUGAGACCCAGGAACGGGAGCGCGUGCUGGCCCACUUCUCCCAGAGAUACUUCCAGUGCAAUCCUGGAGCCCUGUCCUCAGAGGACGGUGCGCACACGCUGACCUGCGCCCUCAUGCUACUCAAUACGGAUCUCCACGGCCACAACAUCGGGAAGCGCAUGACCUGCGGAGACUUCAUUGGUAACCUGGAGGGCCUCAACGAAGGCGGCGACUUCCCCAAAGAGCUGCUCAAGGCCUUGUACAGCUCCAUCAAGAAUGAAAAGUUGCAGUGGGCCAUAGACGAGGAGGAGCUGAGACGCUCUCUGUCUGAGUUGGCCGACCCCAACCCCAAGGUCAUCAAGAGAGUCAGCGGGGGCAGUGGCAGCGGCUCCAGCCCUUUCCUGGACCUGACUCCCGAGCCUGGGGCCGCAGUCUACAAGCACGGGGCCUUGGUGCGAAAGGUGCACGCAGACCCUGACUGCAGGAAGACACCUCGGGGCAAGCGGGGCUGGAAGAACUUCCACGGGAUCCUCAAGGGCAUGAUCCUCUACCUGCAGAAGGAGGAGUACCAGCCUGGGGAGGCCCCGUCGGAGGCUGAGCUAAAGAAUGCCAUCAGCAUCCACCACGCACUGGCCACGCGUGCCAGUGACUACAGCAAGAGGCCCCACGUCUUCUACUUGCGCACCGCUGACUGGCGGGUCUUCCUCUUCCAGGCCCCGAGCCUGGAGCAGAUGCAGUCCUGGAUCACUCGCAUCAAUGUGGUGGCUGCUAUGCUCUCCGCACCCCCCUUCCCAGCUGCUGUCAGUUCCCAGAAGAAGUUCAGCCGCCCUCUGCUGCCCAGUGCUGCCACCCGCCUCCCCCAGGAGGAGCAGAUGCGGACCCACGAGGCCAAGCUGAAGGCCAUGGCAAGUGAGUUGCGGCAGCACCGGGCUGCCCAUCUGGGCAAGAAGGCCCGGGGCAAGGAGGCUGAGGAACAGCGGCAGAAGGAGGCCUAUCUGGAGUUUGAGAAAUCUCGCUAUGGCACAUACGCAGCGCUGCUUCGGGUCAAGCUGAAGGCGGGCAGUGAAGAGCUGGAUGCGGUAGAGGCAGCACUGGCCCAGGCUGGGAGCGUGGAAGACGGACUCCCCCCUCCUCCCUCCAGUCCCUCCUCGCAGCCCAACACCUCCAGCCAGCCCCGGGCUCAGUGUCCUGGCCCAGAGUCUCGCGCAGGGGCAGGCAGUGGGCGGUGGAAGCCCUGAGUUGCGGGUGGGAGUUGGGGGGGGGCGGUGCCCACCAGGCACCUGCAUGACAGGGCCCUGCCUGAGCCCGGGCCGGCCUCGGGCCACCGGGGAGGGCCCCUCGGUCCAGGGCCUGACCGCGCCGGACGCGGUGUCCGGGGCAGGGCAGGGCUAGGGCAUGGGCCUCAGGAGCCUUAGGCUAAGGGCCCCUCUGAGACCCCCUUUUUGUGAUAAUGUUUUGCACUUUUUCGUACAGGGGACUGGGAUGGGAGGGGCCCGGGCCCCUAGACUUUUGAUGCUUUUUUUUUUGUGGGGGAGACCUGACGUUUCUGCUGAGACACCCCACCCCUGACACCAGCAAUCGCCCUCCACCCUGGGGCCUGGCUCAGACAGAAGCCAGGAGUUGGGGCUGAGCUGGUUUUCCCUCCCUCUUCCAUGAGGGCUCACCCGCUCUUUCCAGAGGUGGCGGAAGGGUGUCCACGCUGAGGCCCUAUGCACAGGCCGGGGGCAGCAUGGCCUUGCUUUCCCUCCUUCAGUGGGCCCUGCCCUUUGUAUAGCCUCCACCUCCAUUAAAACUGCU